AUGGCCUCAACCGCAUGCUUCUUGCACCACCAUGCAGGCGCAGCACUCUCUACUCAAAAUAGAUCAUCUUCUUCGUCUAACCGCUAUCUCAAGCCUACAUGGCUAAUUUGCCGUGAGCAGAAUCAGGCUGCACUUUCAGUAGAAGAUGGCACAGACAUCAUGUCCCGAAGAUUGGAUCUUGCUGUUUGGGCAGCUACCAUUGGAUCCAAGGUUUCACCUGCUGACACUGCCUAUGGAGAAUCUGAUGCUUUUAUCAGUAACACCACAAGAUAUCCUUAUACCAUCCGGUGCCAUGCACAAGAGACCAAACCGAGGCCACCUUUUUCAUAUACAUGGAGGCAUUCUCCAGAUGCAGUUUCCCAAUCCUCUUCUACUCCACGGCUAAGAAGUUGA